AUGAAAGAGAUGGCGAAGGCAAUGUUACGGAAGAAGGGAGUGCUUUCAGGAGCAGUCCGGCAACAGCCCAAACUGGGAGCUGUGAGGACGGUGAAAUUCAACAAGGACUACACGACGCUGAGCCACACCUCCGAUGAAACUUUGGUGGCUCUUGAUUCUGACAGCGAUGACCUGGAAUCGAGAUAUUCCUCUGGUUACUCCUUGGCCGAGGUCAACCAGGAUCUCAGCUGGCAGUUGCUGCAGGAUGGCUACCACCUGGAUGAGAUCCCUGACGACGAGGAUCUUGAUCUGAUCCUCCCGAAGCCCAUUUCAAACUCACCAUGCUCCUGUUGCUUUGGCGACUCUGCCUCCUGCUCCAUCCAAUAG